AUGCUUGGAGCAGAGAAAGUGAGAGAACAUAUGUUGACCUCACCGGAGUCUUCAGAGCUGCCUGAAGAUGUUGCUGAAUCUGCUAGUCUAGGGUUGAAAGAGGGGAAUCAUGGGAGUCUCGGCCUCUGGAGCUGCCUCAUGAUGCUGGUCUACGUGAGAGAGAGGGGAGAGCUCUGCCUAAUGACGCUCGGCCCAGGUACCCAAACAAAUGAUCCAGCCCCUGAAUUUUCCGGACUGGACCAGCCGGGAGGCUCAAUCAUUUGA